CGCCGUGCGUCAUUUUGCACACGACUCUGCGCCAUCACCACUGACCUGUGCUGCGGCAUUGAGGCCCAUCGGCUCCCAACUAACGCCUCUCACGUCCUGCAAUCGGCCCUAAUUGAUAGCCCACUCUGCGACUACCGCUCCUCUUAUUUGCCUUCGCUCGUCAUACAUAACGGCCACGGCCGCCUCGACUUGGACUUGCUGCCACCAUCCGCAACAUGUUGGCUCCGCGUGCGACCGAGGCCGAGAGGCCUGAUCUCGAUACCAACAAGAUCAAGGAGUGGCGCUCCAUAGUCACCCUCAUCGUUUUCGUGCUGACGAACAUCAAUGUCUUGUUCCCCUUCCACAUUCCCAUCUAUCUCCCGCGCGCCCUAUGGACCCCGCUUCUCGACAUGCUCAGUGCCAUGCGCAUAAUCCCGCCGCCCCAGCAUCCAACCAGAGUCCGAAAUGGCAAACCCGGUCCUCUGGUGCGCUUCAACUUUCCCAUGAACUUCAUUACUGCUCCCUUGAUCGCCGAUCUCUUCCUGCUCGCCAUUCUUGCUAUUGGCAAGAAGGAAGUUCGCGGCGGCACCGUUGGCGACCAAGGCAUCGUGCCCUACGACAUCAUGCUCUUCUUCCUCUCGCUGGCCUACAUUGCCAUCUCCGUCGACGCUUCUGGCUUGAUCAGGUGGCUGGCCUUCAAGGUUCUGCAAAAGGGAGGCAAAGUCGGCCACCGGCUGUUUUUCUAUCUCUACUCCUUUUUCUUCGGGCUCACAGCUCUCAUCGGCAAUGACCCCGUCAUUCUGUCCGGCACUGCCUUUUUAUCCUACAUGACGCGCGUGUCCAGCAACAUCAAACACCCGCGAGCAUGGAUCUUCACUCAGUUUUCCGUGGCAAACAUUGCAUCCACAAUCCUUGUUUCGUCCAACCCGACCAACCUGGUAUUAGCUGGAGCCUUUAAGAUUACUUUUAUCAAGUACACAGCCAACGUCAUUGUUCCCGUCCUCGUAACAGGCAUUGUCCUGUACCCCUUUUUGCUGUACAUCAUCUUCCACGACGAGUCUCUUAUUCCCUCAGCUAUCAAAAUGGAGGAUCUUCCAGACGAACUCAAGAACAAGAAACCAGUGAAUCCAAACAUUCCCUUUGCAAAGGGUGGAGUCGAUGACAGCGAGGCUGAUUCCAAUAGCGACGAAGAGCAAGAAAAGAAGAACUCCCUUGAAGAGGUCUUGAAUCCGUUUUUGGAUAGGAAAGGCGCCAUGUUCGGAGCGGCUCUUAUGGCAGCUACUCUGGUAACUGUGCUCGCUCUCAACGCUGCUUCUACAGGCACACACGAGCAUCCCGUGUUCUGGGUCACCUUGCCUGCUGCAACCAUUAUGCUCUGCUUCGAUCUCACCAUGGGCUGGCUCAACAGGAAAGAGACGCGAAAUAUUGCGCAUGAAGGCCGACGCAGAAUGGAGGCGGCACUUGCUGAGAGAGAAGAAGCGAGAAGAAUGUCAGUUGCACAGCAAGACGCAGACGCAAUAACCGUCCAGGAUGCCCAGGCUUCAACUCUCUCAGAUGAAAAGCAGCCACUACCAGGGACUUCCAGCCCGGCCCCGAGCGACAGAACACGCGAGAUGGCAGUCAACGAGUGCGUCUCAGACGAAGAGAAGAGGGUGGAACCAAGCAAGAAGCCCGUACCAACCACGCUAAUAUCCCUCACCCAAGACGCAUACACCUGGGCACAAGAAACCUUUCCCACAACAAUGACUGUAUUCCACCACCUCCCUCUAGCUCUCGUUCCCUUUGCCUUUUGCAUGUUUGUCCUCGUGCAAGCCCUUGUCACCAAAGGCUGGGUUCCGGUCUUCGCACACGGCUGGGAUCACUGGGUUGAAAAGACGGGAACUGUCGGUGCCAUUGGCGGCAUGGGCUUUGUCUCUGUCAUUCUCUGUAAUUUUGCAGGCACAAACAUCGGCACCACGAUUCUGAUUUCCCGCGUCGUCCAAGCAUGGGAGGAGAUUCACCGCCAGAACGGAAUUCCGAUAUCCGACCGAACCUUCUGGGGCACUAUUUACAGUAUGGCCAUUGGCGUCAACUACGGUGCCUUCAGUCUUGCCUUUAGUGCCUCCCUCGCCGGCAUGCUCUGGCGCGAUAUCCUUGACCGCAAACACAUUCGCGUUGGCGGCCUGGAAUUCGCGCGCGUCAAUCUCCCCAUCAUCGCUAUUACCAUGGUCGUCGGUCUUGUUGUGCUCGUCGGUGAGAUUUACAUUAUCCGCAACAACAAGCCCUACUCUCUCUCAUGAGCUGUGGUCGUCCAAGCUAAAAAAGAAAUAAAACGAGAAAAUCUGCUUGAUUGGGGCCGAGACUGGUAGCAUGCUUGGGACAGCAAGUCGGCACAGCUCAGUGUGCAGAUGUACUUGCUGCGGCUCGGUGGGUGUGGGUGCAUGCGCGCAAUGCAAUGUGUACUGUGCCGAACACGCUCCUUGCACGACAGCAACACAACGCGCAGUAUCCCUCGUAGAUGCAACCCAGCCAUGCAUCUCUUGCAUGACUCCAGAUCAAGUAGAUACGCUGGACAAGUCUAAUCAAAUCAAAACAAGGCAAGACAAGGUAGCGUCUAAUGUUGAUAUGUAUACAUGGUACAUAUGGUAUAUACGCAACGGAUCGGAACAUAAAAGAACAUGAUAAUACCACAUACAUACAUACAUACAGAUUCCCCCGCAAGAGCCCUUUGAAUGAAAGAAGAA